CUUUAUACAAGAUUUCUAUCCGCCACACGUGGCAUAAUAAUAUUUACUAUUCUCUCAUAAUGAAAAACAAAAAGGUUCUUUUGAAGCCAGAGACUUGCCAAUUUUUUAGUGUGUGCAAAAUGCAUCUCAUGACCCAAAAUCCCGAAAUGCAUUCUCAGCGUCGGCGACGUACACACCAAGUCUUCAACUAUGACGACGUAUAUUAGCGAGCAAGUCAACCGACUGAAUGCCUCGCUAUCUGAUAUAUUCCAGAAUGAACCUUCGCUUGAAGCCGCCUCGGUGUCUCACACCGAGACAAACAGUGUCAAGACUGCUUAUGAGCAGGGCGACAAGACUCGGUUCUUGUCACUAGCGAGCCAGGCCAUCGAUCUGUCCACAACCAAUUUACCCUCCAUUAAAACGGUGCAAGAAUAUUUAAAUCUCUACACUAGCUUCACCACCACCGCCGAUCCAGCAUUGGAAUGGUUGUUUGUGUCCAAAUGCACCAUCGCAAUCUACGGAUUCCUCUUCUCCAAAAUCCUGAAUUCCACCUUGCCUAUUACCGAAGCAAUGACGUAUUGGGACAGUAUUUACGGAAACGUACUGAAAGAGUUGUAUUAUGGUCUUCAAACUGCACCGACGCGUAUCGCUACUCUAGCUGUCAGUACCUUGCAUAUGGUCCGCAAAGAACAACGGACGUUCAAAGCGGUUAUGACCUCGUCGGAUCACAUCCUCAGCAAUAUAUUUCCUGUGCGGGGUCGAAUGUUGGCGAACCGAUACCGACCUCGUCAACUUUUCAGCAAAUUAUCCUACCGGCCCCUGUUUGUCCACAUGAUCCACGAAGAGAUUGGAGAGAAGAAAAAGGCUCUGCAGAAAUUCCGAGCACAGCAAGCCACUCGAUUAGGUCUGUUGCUGGAUGCUGCUCCCCGUUUUUCAGAUGCUUCCGCUGAGUCAGAACACGAUCCAUCUUUCCCUGUAUCGGUGGCCCACGACACCUCUCGAUGUGUUGAGCUCAUGCAACAAUUGUUAAAACCUCUUAACCGCAAUAACGACGCGCAAGCAUGUAUUGAAGUAGGCGAUAUGGAGAUCGAUCAGGCUAUUGGAUCAUUGGAAUCUUCAAUGAUAGAACAAUCCUAUGAUGCUGCAGCUAUAGCACAAACACUUCAACAGAUCAUCAACGACUGGGACACGUGCCAAAAAAAUCUGGAUGCCGUUCAUCGUCUUUACGGUCAAUUGUCAAGAUUCGAACGGUAUUGGAUCCCUACAUUGACCUUAUAUUUCACGGGGAAUGCUCUUAUUCGCUAUGUAUCGAACCGAAAAUAUGAGAUUACUGCAUGGGGUCAGGAGCUGGCCGCUACUGCGCACGAUUUUGUCAUACAUUGGAUCUGGGAUCCGCUCGUAGAAGUGUGGGAUACCAUCCGUCUCAAAGAUCAACGGUUAAGCCUUCUCAGUAAAGAUGGACUACGCAGCGAUCUUGAAUCAUUACAAAGAAUGGUGGUGCAAUUUGCGCAUGAUCGAUACCACCUUUCGGAGUCCGAUAUGGCGGCCCUAGUCACACAAAUCCGCGAUGGAGAUAUGUCACUUGUGUUGAAGGCAUAUGAGAACGAAAUCAAGCAUCCACUCAAAAAUGCCAUAAAAGGCGAUCUGAUUCAGGCACUUCUUAUCCAAAUUCAGAAAACCAAAGUCGAUAUUGAUUUGGCCAUGGCCGCCUUGGACAAAUUGCUCAAAUCAAAUGAACUGAAUUUCGCUUUUUUGGCUGUCGCUCCCUCCAUGCUUCUUACUUGGGCGUCGUGUGCAUGGAUCCGCAAUGUUUAUCAGUCACGGGGUGGUCGACGCGUGAAGCAGAUUGGUCAACCGAUCCGUGAAGCGAUGCGGUAAAUAUGGAUGAAUGCUGAUCUUUCCAAUGCAUGCAUGAAAUUCUGAUCGACAUGUUAGACGCGUGGAACGUUUGUUCAAUAAUGAGCAGGGAUCAAGCACCGAUGAUCAUGCCGCGGCACUGCGUGUCGCUUGUGAAAAUCAGGGCAACUUGCUGUGCGAAGUGCACCUCCUACGGUCGUACGCUCGUCAACUCCCCACCGCACGUUCCGUCCGUGAGAUAUUCAUGGAAGAUAUUCGCGAUUUGGAGAACCCUCACUUCACGACCGCCCAAAAAGUCCAAAUCAUUGCCCGCAUGAGCCGAUCAUGGCAGUUUUUGUAUUUCAAAUGAUAAUAUUAAUAAUAUUAAAAAAAAAUUGCAAAUAA